AUGAUGAAUUUUGCGCUGGGUUGUUUGUUUUCGAUCCUUGGCAGUGGAUGGAAUUGUAGUAAAAAUUUUAUUAAAUGUUAAAUAACGUUGUAAAUACAUGCAAAUUUGAAAACGCGUAAAGUCAAAUAAAUUACUGAAAAAGGUGACGGAAAGCAAACAAACAAAAGCUGUAACUAACUUCGAAUUACCAGAAAUCUAAAAGCGCUGCUUGCUUUCCCUUCCUGUCUCACUAUUCUUUCUGCAUCAGUACUCUACUGUCUACUGCUCACAACGCUUUUUUGUGUUAUCACUUAACUAAACACUUAACACUACUUUUCAACAUUUUCGAUCCACCUGCCUCUGUGAAAUAUUCGAAUCUUAAAUGUCACAACAUUCGAAGAAGGAUACGCCAACCAGCCGAAAUCGCAAACAGCAGCAGCAGCAGCAAAACCAACAACAAAAUGCUGACAGUGUAAAACAAAAGCCGAAUGCUUCGGGCAACGCAAUUACUGCGCACAGAAAGUCUAAUGGCGGCACUCCUUGGACGAGUAGCGGCGCUUCGCCUUUUGGUGGCAGCAUCACAACAUCCACCUCUGCUCCGUCACUUAUACGCAAGAAAUCACAAUCCAAGUUGCAAAAAGAAAAGGAGCGCUCCGAACGAGAAGGGAUUGUGUUGUGGCGUCGACCCGUACAAACGGUGAGAUAUUGUGGCUUGGAGUUGGCCACGCUAGUGCAAACGAAUGGCAAGCGGUUACUUCAACAACGUGGUCUACUCGCUGCAAUCUUAGUUUUAGGUAUGUUCCUCAGCUUUAUUUGUUACCUGCCUGGCCCACACCAGAUAGUGUUGGACGUUAUACGACGCAAUACAUGGUUCAUCAUCUACUGGACUGGCUUAGGUGUUCUCUCUUCAGUAGGAUUGGGUACCGGAUUGCACACAUUUUUGUUGUAUCUGGGACCACAUAUAGCCAGCGUAACACUUGCUGCAUACGAAUGCAAUUCGUUAAAUUUUCCAAGGCCGCCAUAUCCAGAUGAUAUUAUCUGUCCGGAGGAGCCAUAUGCAAAGAAACUACCAAAUCUUUGGAUGAUAAUGAGUAAAGUGCGGAUGGAAGCGUUUCUCUGGGGUGCCGGUACUGCUUUAGGUGAAUUGCCGCCCUAUUUCAUGGCAAAGGCAGCGCGUUUAUCUGGCUACGACCCCGAUGACGCUGAGGAGUUGGCGGAAUUUGAGGCAUUGAAAGCUAAACGUAAUCAGAAAAAUUUAAGCUUAAUGGAUAAGGGCAAGCUAUUUAUGGAACGUGUGGUAGAACGUGUUGGAUUUCUGGGCAUUUUGGCAUGUGCUAGUAUUCCUAAUCCACUCUUCGACUUGGCCGGUAUCACAUGCGGUCACUUUUUGGUGCCAUUCUGGACUUUCUUCGGUGCUACGCUCAUAGGUAAAGCCAUCAUCAAGAUGCACAUCCAGAAAGUAUUCGUUAUUAUUGCCUUUAAUGAAGCGUUAAUUGAACGCGCUGUCGAUUUGCUUGGCAAGUUGCCCAUAUUGGGCAAAAAACUGCAGGAGCCUUUCAAGGGUUUCCUCAACAACCAAAAGAAACAUUUGCAUCGCCAACGACAGCCCGCAGCCGAAUCUGGUAAUUUAUUGUCCAAGGUGUUUGAGACGUUCGUCAUUGGUAUGGUCUGCUACUUCAUAAUCUCGAUCGUAAAUUCAUUGGCGCAAAACUAUCACAAGCGACUACACAAAAAACAUGUGAAAAAGAUGAAGAAGUCGAUAACAAAGGAUUAGGAGCCUGCAAAGAAGACAGGCGAAGCGUCGGCAAAGGGGUAGAUCCGCCGCUAGAUAAGGAGCAGGAAAAAGUUAAAAAAAAAAACAGCCGGAGCAUAUGUGACUGAAUUACGUGAAAGUGGUAAAAUCCCAGAGAAAUAUGAGUAGUAAAGAGAUGAGCUGCAAAAUUUGGACUUUAUAUUCAAGUCUAAUUGCCUAUACGUCUACUAAUGUUGUGUUUAGCUAAAUUCCUAAUCAAAAAGAGAUAAGCAAUCAUCGCAAUGGUAUAUUAAAUAAAAAAAUGGACCAUCAUCUGCGCGAAUGGUUAAAUGGAAACUAAGAUGAUUUAGUUAAUAUUUUUAUUUAAAUUGUGAAUGCUACCUUACUUUAAAUUAUACAAAGUGUGUUUAUUGAAGAAACUACGAAAACAUAAUAAACUAGUCCUAAAUAAUUUGUAUGUAUGCAUGUACAAAAAACUAGGAAGAGCACAUCGUGUGCAACCCCAAUUUAUUUAACAUUAAACCUACUACACAUGUAAGAAUAUGAGUGUGUUUUGUGUGCAUUUAUUUUCAUGUUAACAUGAAAUGUAUUUUCGAGUACUAAGAAAAUGGAAAAGGUUGAAUAAAAAGUAGUGUAGAGAAGCGGUGGCGUAUAACAAAUAAAAAAAAAAUUAGAAAUUGAAUAAACAAACAAAAAUUAGUUUUAGAUGCGUUGCUGUUGUAUUUUAGCAUUAGUUGCGUGAUAAAUUUUUAAUUAAAAUAUAAUAGAUUCAAAGAAAAAUGGAAUAGUUAAUAUAAGUACAUAUACAUUUGGCCAAAAAAAAAACCUAACACAAAAACCCCAAAAGCGAAAUAAAAAGACAUUGCAAAAAUUAAAUGAAAUGAGAAUUCACAAAGAGUUAAAGAGCGCCAAAAAAGGCUUUGCCAAGAAGUUGUAAGAUUAUAAAAUUCAUGUAAAUUCAAGUAAUAAACUAUGUAAUGUGAAAUAUUUAAUAAAUGAUAAACCAAAAUUGAACAUUUGCAUACUAUAAAAAUAAAAUAAAUGAGUACAUAAAAA